UAAGCCUUUCCGCGGGACGAUCUCGCGCGUGCUUCUAUCGGGAACGAAAGGGACAUCAGGGAAUAUGUUGGCUAAGAAAUUCGGCUUUGUUCCCUUCACACUUGGGUCGAUUUUGAUCCAGGUGUGUUGGGGGGUGAAAAUCAACAGCUCUAGGUUCAAGCAGUUUUCUCAUAUUAAGACGAAAACCCCCCAAGCAGCGCAAGAACAGGCCGUGAAAGAUCUCAUCACACGACUCAUUCCGAAACACGCCUCCAAGUUCCUCAUAAGAGUGAACUCAAGCCUCGGACCCCAUUCAGAUCUAGACACUUUUGAAUACGUUACAGACACUACAGAAGGAAAGCUUGUUAUAACUGGCACAACUGGGGUGGCUGCAGCACUGGGGUUUCAGCACUUUCUCAAGUACAGUUGUCACGCUCAUGUUUCAUGGAGUGGAGAUCAGCUCAAGAUUCCAGAACCAUUCCCUGUUGUGCAAAAAACAGUCAUGGUAACCAGUCCAAACAGAUUUCGCUAUUACCAGAAUGUGUGUACAGUAAGUUACUCUUUUGUAUGGUGGAACUGGACUCGCUGGGAGCGUGAAAUUGACUGGAUGGUCAUGAAUGGCAUUAAUUUGCCACUAGCUUUCAAUGGACAAGAGGCGAUCUGGCAAAAAGUUUACCUGAGAAUCGGUCUCACUCAGCAAGAGAUUGAUCAACAUUUCGGGGGACCAGCCUUUCUUGCUUGGGCAAGAAUGGGAAACCUGCGUGGUUGGGGAGGCCCUCUUCCAUCAUCAUGGCACACAAAUCAGUUACAAUUACAGCAUAAGAUCUUGGACCAGAUGCGAGCUUUUGGUAUGACCCCUGUGCUUCCAGGUUUUGCUGGACAUGUGCCAGAAGGUUUGACCAGAGUCUUCCCAAAGGCCAAUGUUUCAAGACUUGGUGACUGGGGCCACUUCAAUAGCACAUACUGUUGCACGUAUCUUUUGGAUCCCACUGACCCUCUUUUUAAGCAAAUUGGUAGAGCAUUUAUCAAAGCAAUGACCUCAGAGUUUGGAACAGAUCACAUUUACAAUGCUGAUACUUUCAAUGAGAUGACCCCAGGUUCAAGUGAGCCCUCCUAUCUUUCCAGUGCCAGUAAAGCAGUGUAUGACGGAAUGCUUGCAGGUGAUCCAAAGGCUAUCUGGCUUAUGCAGGGGUGGCUUUUUCAGGAUACUGGAUUUUGGAAGCCACCACAAAUCAAGGCAUUGUUACAAGGGGUACCUAAAGGUCAAAUGAUUGUCUUGGAUUUGUAUGCAGAAGUAAGCCCUGUUUGGCAAAGAACAGAGUCCUUUUAUGGGCAGCCAUUUAUUUGGUGUAUGCUUCAUAACUUUGGAGGAAAUAUUGGUUUUUAUGGAAACUUUAUGAAUGUUGUUUCAGGGCCCAUUGAUGCUCAUGGCCAUGAAGGCUCUACCAUGAUUGGUACAGGACUAACACCAGAAGGAAUUGAACAAAAUGAUGUCAUCUAUGAGCUAAUGAAUGAGAUGGGGUGGAGGUCAGAGCAGGUUGACAUCAUGUCCUGGGUUAAAGAUUACUCCUACAGGAGGUAUGGUGGCAUGAACAACUAUUCUCUUAAUGCUUGGAUACUGCUUAGCAGAAGUGUCUACAACUGUACUGAUGGGCAUGCUGAUCACGUUCAUUCAGUCAUUGUGAACCGCCCAUCACUUCAUUUAAAGUUCAAUCAGUGGUACACACCUGAGGACGUGUGGGAAGCAUGGGAUGCAAUGGUUUUGUCGGCAGACAGCUUCAGUCCAGUAGAACCUUUCAGGUAUGACUUGGUGGAUGUAACUCGACAGUCCCUGCAACUCAUUGCCGUGAACAUCUAUUAUGAAGUGCUCUCUGGCUACCAUAACAAGUCAAAAACUGAAGUUCAAGCAGCAGCUACAAAGUUGUUUCAAUUAUUUACUGACAUGGAUGCCAUUCUCUCAUCAAACCAGUAUUUCUUGUUAGGACAUUGGCUCAACAGUGCCAAGGCACUUGCAACAAAUGCGCAGGAGAGCAAGUUGUACGAGUACAAUGCUCGUAACCAAAUUACUUUGUGGGGUCCUCGUGGAAAUAUUGAUGACUAUGCUAACAAGAUGUGGGGCGGCCUUGUGAAUAGUUACUACAAACCACGCUGGCAACUCUUUGUGUCUUUUCUUCUGGACGCAAUUGCACAUGGAACUCCAUUUGACAGUAACAAGUUUAAUGCUGCCGUCUUAGGACAGGAAACACAGUGGACGCAAGACACCAGUUCAUUUCCAGACAGUCCUGUUGGUGACACUUUGACUAUUGCAAAAAAGCUGCAUGCAAAGUAUCGGCCAAAGAAACAUUCUUUUUUUAAAAAAAAUUAAAAUAGGUUAUGGUAUAUUUUAGCUUGCAAAUGUUUGACCAGGACACAGAUUGGUAAAUAUUAAUGUACUGGAACUUAAACUGAUUUAAAAUAUUUACAGUGAAGUAGGUACCACUUAUUAUAAAGAGUGAAAAUAAAAAAAGGGGCAAAAACUGCACAAACAUUUUUAAACUCCUAAUGAUAUUGUGACCUAGUUUCUUAAGUGGUGAUACUAUAAAACAGAGAUUUAUAAGAUUUCAUGGUAAGUUACAGUAGUAUGUUGUAACCAUAUUCAAACUAUUCUUAAUUACGUUACUUGCUUUGUACAGAAUGUCAUUUGGGUUAGGGUUAGGUUAGGGUUAGGGUUAAUUUCUGUUCUGAAAACAUUUAAGGCUGAACAACGUACAGGAGCUCAUCUGAAGAUAAGAUUAUGAUUUGUACAAAAUGAGGCCAAAAAUCUUGUUGUCUCCUGUAAAACCCAGAGAUUAAUUACCUAAAGAGAGAAAUAUUUUUAUAGCUAUCAGUGAACUUUGAAAAUAUGAUUAUUUUGCACAGCACUGGCUUUGUCUUUACAGUGAAUGCUCUCUAAGCUGGACAUUCUUGGGACAUGUUUUAGCUCUCUGCCUUAGAGAAGUGUCCAUCUUAAAGAGAAUUUAAAGACAUAUUGGUAAAAUCUAGGCAGGACUAGCCAGUCACCAAUGUCCAUCUUGGGAAGUGUCCCACCCCUUAGAGCAGUGUCCAGUGCGAAAGAAUUGACUUAAGAUAAGCAUAGCAGAACCUCAAUUCUUUCCCUGCUCAAGGCACUCAACAGUUCUGUACUGACAAUGUGGCACUACUUACACCUGUGUAGUGUUCCAUACACAAGACAUUAGAGAUCUUUGAAGAGUUACUCACCGCCUCCACUCCUCCUUGGAAAAGAAACCCCCCCUACUUUUGAUAGUCUGUAUUAUUUUGCUUUUGUCAGUAGGAUUAGAAGUAUUUUGGAGACUUGCCCUUCAUCUAUUGAUUUAGAGUUUUAACAUGCAUUAUUAAACAUUGUAGUUGCCA